AUGUUGAAGUGGACGGCAUCGGCACAGCGCCUGAACGAGAUUCCCGUGCAGCAGGAUCAGCAUCAGGAUGCGAGUGAGACGACCCAGAGGAGGCGACUCCAGAGGAGGCAGCGCCGUCAGCGGAGGGCAACCAUAGCCAACAAGGAGAAUGUGCCCGAUACAGUGGGCUACACCUCCACGCCAGUGCCCAUUUCGCGGCGACUCAAUAGUCCCCUGGUUCUGGCCCCCCUCUCCGAUAUACGCAACGUCACCCCGGAGGCGGUGGCCAGGAGUCAGGCGGCACCACAACGGGUGCAGAGUGUGCGAUAUGCCACCACCUUGCCACGCUUCGCCGAGGAUUACUCGCCCAAUGGUCUGCCAAGUGGCCAGCACUUGGCGCUGAGGGGUCUGGCUGCCCUGGAUCCUUUUGUGGGUCAACCGCGCUACAUUGUGGGAUCGGGAGCAGCGGGUGUCAGCCAGCUGAGGCAGCGCAAGCUGGAUGAUGACUUUGUGGCCACCUUGGAGGUGCCGGAGGUACCGGAGGUCCGAGUACCGAAACCCUCCAGCAAAUUGAACCCACGCCCCAGCACUCCGCAGCCAGCUUCCACGCAAAUGGGCGAUCAGACUUUGGAUCGCCUCAUCGAUGCCAUUCUGGACUCCGCCUGCAAGGCAGAUGUUAGCAGCAAGAAGAAGCCCCGGCGAUCUACCUUCAAUCUGCGCAGGCGCACCUUGGUGAAACAGCAAAUGGAGUCGAAUUGCCCACAGGAGGUGCUGUCGCCAUCCUAUGCACCUGGCGAUGAUCCAGCUGCAGACCUGAGCUUCGGCCUGGUGCCCCUGCCCAUGCAGAAUCUGAUGGCCACUCCCGAGCCGGCCUCUCCAUUGGCCAAAAUUCCACACAACAUGCUCAUCCAACUGGCCACUCCGGCGCCCUGCGACAACACUUUUUGCCUGGAGACCCCAGUGAAGACUUUGAAAAGGGGCCGCAAGGAGAUCAUCGCCAAGGAGUCGCCCAUUAAGCGCUACAAGGUCGACGAGCGCAAUUACUUCGAGGUGGGAUUGGCCCUGCCCUCGUCUAUAUAUGUCUAA